UUUGUGAAAACCACAUGUAGAGCUUAAAGCAUUCGAGUUAUUCUCACUCUCCAUCCUAAGUUCCUAACUAUAUUACAGUCGAUUCAGUUUUCACGAACCUGACAUUUCAUGCCAUGGAACGACGCUCUUAAAUAUCGCUUUAUGAUGUCCAGAUUGGAUGGAGUUCAGAUUUGGUUAUUAAAGGUUUUCAUUGGUGAUCGCACUUGAAUUGAGUAUACAUAUAUGUACUUGACUUUUCUGUUUACUAACAGUCACAUGUGAUUUUUGUAGGCUACUGUUCUAGCCGUUACGAGUUCAGUGCAGUGUGGGGUUGAACCAACAAUUUGAAUUCUGAGUUUUAGCGCAGUCGGUUUUUCAUUCGCUUUAUUUGGUAAUUACGUUUUGUGUGUUGGAUUUCCUUUUUAAAAAAAGCUGUUAUUCCGAAUAAUAAUUAACGUUUUCAAAUUAAUUUUUAUCCUGUUUUACGGCGAUUGGAUUUGAAACUGUGGUGUAUUCUCCUAAAAGGGAUUAUUGUGGUUUCUAGUGUGCCUCAAUUGGGAUCACAUCUAAAGAUGAAUGAAGUUGGAAAGACGAAUUUUCUAAUACAUGACCUUCAUCAGAAUAUGACAUGUAACUAUAUAAGCAAAUCUAUUAAGAUGGCCACUGGAGUACCUACCUAUAAAGUUAUACUGUGUGGUGAAUAUGGUGUAGGUAAAAGUUCUAUAUUUCGAAGAUUUAUGAACAACUCAUUUACCCUAGAGAAUGAUAAAAAGUCGACAGUAGGAUUAGAUCAAGCAUCUAGAAUAGUCAAUGUUAAUGGAACAGAUGUUAAGCUAUUAUUAUGGGAUACUGGUGGCAUGGAGAGAAUGAGUUUUAUAGGAUCUAGUUAUUAUCGUGGUGCUCAAGCCGCUUUAUUAUGUUAUAGUGUCAACAAUAAAGAAACAUUCAACAUUUUAUCACAGUACAUUCUAGAUAUUGUCAUGAAUGCUGAAGGGGCCAAAAUAUUUUUAUGUGGGAACAUGGCUGAUUGUGGUGAUGACAAAGAAUGUGUGACGGAAGCAGAUGUGGAUAAAUUCACAGAAGAAUGUGAAAAUGUUUUAUCGGGUGUGUACAGUGUGUCGUGCAAAGAAAAUCGGGGAAUAAAUGAAAUGUUUAAAGAUAUUACCCAUAAGCUUCAUGAAAUGAAUGUUAAUAAAUUGACAUUACGCCGUGACAUGAUUAUUCGACCAGGAGAAACGCCAGAAGCACAUAGUGGUUCCAAAAAACGUUGUUGUUGAACUUUUUAAAAAAAAAAUUUUGAAGACAACAUUAAUAUGACGGUCCCUGAAUAUUAAAUGUGAUAUUUAUAUACUGAUAAGCUUGUACCAAAAUAAAUGAAUUAUUUCAUAUAUAAUUUAUGUUGUUAUUGUCAUAAUGGACCAAUAUUAUAUGAAUAUUUGAAUGAAUUAUAUAUUACAAUAUACCUGUCAUAAUAUACUCUAUAUUUUUAAGAAUGUACAUUUAUUUUUUUAAAAGGAUUAUUAGAAUUUGAGGCAAUCAUAAGAGGUCAAAUUCAUUUGGCUACAUUUCCAACCUUUCAGUUGGUAAUCUGUGAAAAUUUGCCAUGUUAAAUUUAAUUAGUUGUCAGGGUAUCAACAUCUAAACAUCACAUGAUCAUAAUUCUUCAACCAAUAAACACUGUAUAAUAUCUAUGAAAGCCAAAAUAUUCUCCCAAAAAGACUUCUCCCUUAAUUAAAGUAUUCGUUUUAAUCACCUUCUUAAUAUAAAUAUUAACACACAAGAGAUACAAACCUCUGUAAAUUAACAUCAAAUUAUUUAAAAUAUCAGUCAUUAUGGUUAUGUUUUUUGAUUAUUCAUGAAUUUACAAUUUACAGUCUUUUAGGACAAGUACUCUUUCUCCUCAAGAUCUCUUAAGUAUGUUUUUUGUUCAGAUGCAAUAAAAAUAACUAAAUAGAGCUACAUGAGUAAGUUCAUUCAUUAAAGGCAUGUGCAUUGAUAUAUAGAUCUAUAUAGGCUGUAGUGCAUGCCAGAUGACAUUUUUAUAUAUUAUGUUCUAAUAUUAUAUUUUAAUACAAUAGCUAUAGAUACAUGUAUAGUAAUCACCAAUAUUUUCAACCUUAGAAAAAAAUGCAAAAUUCUAUAUAUUUUAUGUGAAGGAGUGCCUAUAUAUGUUAAUUUAUCUACGCAAUUGUAACACUACAUGAACUUGACCUAUAUUAGACCUACCCAUGUAAAUUUGAUAAUUGCAUAUAUUCAGAUUAGCUAUAGAAAAUACACACUCCUAUACAUGAAUGGAGAAAUACUUUUCCUUUUCACUGUGUAUGUAUUUUAUUAUUAAAGCUGUCUACCAUCAGAGGUUUCCCCGGAGUUGUGAACACUCUACCCAGGAUAUAAUGUUCAUUUGAUCAAAAUAAAUAACACCUCUAUCGAAAAUCAAAAUUUGCCAUCCACAAACUGUUUACCUUCAAACUAAUGCAAACUUGUGAAUGGCAUACACAUAUUGAAUGUAUUUUGCAGAUUAUUUUUCUGGUCACUUUUAAGACUUUGCUGGAUUGUUCAGUGGAACAUAAGAAAGGCAUUUUUAAAACUCUGUGGGAAUGUUCCCACAAAAAUCACAACCAUAUUGUCCCAUUACCGUUUCGACUUUUAAGGUUUGUGAACAUAAUGCAGGAUAAAAUUCUCUAUUGGAUUUUUUAUUUCCUUUAUUUUGGUGGGCUUGUUGACUGGGGCAAAACAGAUAAACAGCAUUAAAAUUCUAAAUUCUAAAGAUAGCUGAUGAAAUAAAUAUGAAGUCAAACAAAUUGCCACCUUCCAUGAAUAAUCUUAACAGUGGUGUAUGGAUUUAGAUGUAUGGAUGAUGAUUGAAGGAAGCAGGCUGAAUUUCUCGCAGUAGGUGGUAUUAUAAGCAGGCUACAUGUAUACUGAUUAUAUGUAAUUGAGUAAAGACAAAUUGUUUAUUAUUUGUUGUCAAAGGUUAUAAUUUGCUUGCUGCCUUCUGUCUGUUUGGUGCCAAAAUAUGCAAUAUUGUUAUAGUGAUCUUCUUAUGAUGUUUAUUAUAUUGUUAGCAUAUAGAAGAUGUAUAUAUUUAGUAGUAUAUGAAUUAGUUGUUUUAAUUUUGUAAAUAUUUAGUACUUUUACAAUUGAUAUUUUUUCUAAAAUUUAAUCAAAUUGAUUGAAUUGAUUGAAAACAGAGUACAGUGUAUUAUCUUUUGUCAUCUUUAAGUGACCUAUAAUUUCAUUUAAAGGAACAUAAUAUCAUAAAAACUUAAUUAAAAGGGACAUAAUAUUAUAAAAACUAAACUAAACUUUUAUAGAUUUUUCUAUGUUAAUACCAUUACAACAGUGUAAUCAUUGUGAAAAAAAGAAAACUACUGUUACGAAGGUCAAACUAUAUAUAUUCUUCAUACUGCAAAUAAAUUUUGAUGGGAAAAGUAUACUUUUUAGUUCAAAAGCUUAAAUUCAGACUAAAUCAAUAUGACAUCUGGUUUAUAUAGGCUGGAUAUAAGUGCAAUAUCAGUUUGUUGAUAGUAUUUUAUGAUAAGUAUUAUAUGAUAUGCAUGAUAUAUCACAUUAUCUCUAUUGUAAAGACCAGGGUUCGCAUUUCUAUCAUACUGCCAGUAUUGACUGGAAAUAAAAUUGACUGGCUGGAUAAUUUAUCUGUCAUUCAAUAUAUAGAUGUACAUGUAUAAGAUGUAUCAAAAAAUGUGACUGUAAACUCUGAAUGGUUAAAUCUAUGUGUAAAAACUGCACUCAAAACUGCAAACUUUGUUUGGGAUCCCUGCUAAUAACAUACCCAAUCAUAAUGUUGUAUAUCAUUAUGUACAUUGACCUUAUGUUAUUAAAAUAAUUCAAUUUA